AUGUCUUUCAUAUUUUGCUUUGAACCUCCAAUAGAAUUCGAGUCAACUGUAAGCACAUGCAUACCACUAGAACUGUCACAGACGCAGAUUAACCUGAAAAGGAUGAGUAAGAACGAAACUCUUAUAUAUGUUACUUGUAUUUAUACAGGAACAGGAAGGGAGAAGCCAGAUUACCUUGCCACCAUCGAUGUAGAUCCUAGUUCAUCGACGUAUUCUAAAAUCAUCCACAGGCUGCCGAUGCCUUAUGUUGGGGAUGAACUUCAUCAUUCUGGAUGGAAUGCCUGCAGCUCUUGCCAUGGAGAUCCAUCGGCUGCACGUCGCUAUCUUGUCCUGCCUUCACUAGUGUCCGGUCGUAUAUAUGCAAUUGAUACUCAAAAGGACCCUAGAGCUCCAACUUUGCAUAAAGUUGUAGAGCCCAAUGAUAUCAUAGGGAAGACGGGAUUGGCAUAUCCACACACUGCCCACUGCCUCGCCUCUGGUGAUAUCAUGGUGUCAUGUCUUGGAGACAAAGAUGGAAAAGCUGAAGGAAACGGAUUUCUUCUGCUUGACUCAGAUUUCAAUGUGAAAGGAAGGUGGGAGAAACCAGGGCACAGCCCCCUUUUCGGGUAUGAUUUCUGGUACCAACCACGGCAUAAGACGAUGAUCAGCACAUCUUGGGGAGCCCCAUCUGCUUUCACGACAGGUUUCAACCUUCAGCAUGUUUCAGAUGGUCUUUAUGGGAGACAUUUGCAUGUUUAUAGCUGGCCCGAGGGUGAGUUGAAACAGACAUUGGAUCUUGGGAAUACUGGUCUCAUACCGUUGGAGAUAAGAUUCUUGCACAAUCCAGAUAAGGAUAGUGGAUAUGUGGGGUGUGCACUAACAAGCAAUAUGGUAAGAUUUUUCAAGAAGCCAGACGGAUCAUGGGGCCAUGAGGUAUCAAUAUCAGUGAAGCCUGUCAAGGUGCAGAAUUGGAUUCUGCCGGAGAUGCCUGGGCUUAUAACUGAUUUCUUGAUAUCCCUGGAUGACCGUUUCCUCUACUUGGCCAACUGGCUUCACGGUGAUAUUAGACAGUACGAUAUUCAGGAUCCUACAAAUCCUAAGCUGACCGGCCAAAUAUGGGUUGGAGGUUUGUUUCGAAAAGGGAGCACCACCGUUGCCGAGGCUGAAGAUGGUACGACAUACCAGGCUGACGUACCAGAAGUUCAGGGACAUCAACUAAGAGGAGGGCCUCAGAUGAUACAGCUGAGUCUGGAUGGAAAGCGGCUGUACGUUACAAAUUCGCUCUUCAGCGCAUGGGAUCGUCAGUUUUAUCCCGAGCUUGUGGAUAAGGGUGGCCAUAUGUUGCAGAUAGAUGUUGAUACGGAAAAAGGUGGUCUUGCAAUCAACCCGAAUUUCUUUGUGGACUUUGGAUCCGAACCAGACGGACCCUCGUUGGCGCAUGAGAUGAGAUAUCCCGGUGGCGACUGCACUUCCGACAUUUGGAUUUAAGCUCUCUAAUCUCUCCAGAAAACAUUUUUUCCAAUUCAACUCUUCUUACAUAAACGCAGUGUACAAUAUAAUCAGCUACUGCAACGACUGCAUAAAUGGACUUAUUCAUCUUUCUACAUGAAA